AUGGAAACUACAACAAAGGCGACAACACCGAGCACUGAACCAUCGACGACAAAGGCGACAGCACCGAGCACUGAACCAUCGACGACAAAGGCGACAGCACCGAGCACUGAACCAUCGACGACAAAGGCGACAGCACCGAGCACUGAACCAUCGACGACAAAUCAUCCGAAGGUUACGAUGACACCAAACAGAAAACAAGAAGCGGAAAGUGCAGAGAACAUUCCAAUAUCAUACACAUCAAAAACACGGACUCGUAUCUUUCCAACGACUGAGACAACUACUUUACGGACAAAUAAACCCCAAACGACAAUGGCCUCAAAUCCACUUGAAUCUCUAUCGACGAGGGUCGCGUCAGGUCAUCAAGAAAAUAUUGCAACUAAACCGUCAACGAAAAUUAGUUCCACUGUUACAAUAGCAACAGUCAGAAAACAAAAGACGGAAAAUAUUCCAGUAGCAAGUACCCCUGAAUUAAUGAACAAGACCUCUUCAAGGGCCUACACAAGUACGUUAAGGACAGAUAAAGAAAUGCUAAAGUAUACACCUCAAGCCAAAAAUGAAGCUACUCCUUCAAAAUCUGUAGUCGGAGAUAAUUUUUCUGGAAAUAUUGCAGUCGGAAACGUAACCGAAAUUCCACAAAAGGAUUACGCGAGUACGGUUGUUUUUGGUUUUGAUCUUACAACAAUGGGCCCCUCGCGUGCAAAGAUAAUUAUCCAAUUUAUCAGUCACUUGCUUCCACAUAUUGGAUACGACAAAUUCGCUCUUGUAUCAAACGCUCUUUGUACUCCCAAUUUUAAUAUUCCAUUGCAACCGGCUAUAAAUGAGGACCUUUCCAAAUUACUUCCCAGGUUAAACGAAGAGAAACGACAUGUCCUUGUAGACAUCAUACGGCAGAUGAACAAAGAGCUGUUCAAAGAGGCGAAUUUUAAAAACGACAAAAAUCCUAAGCGACAGAUCGGGGUUCUAUUCGUCGAUCCUUCCGUGAGUACGAUUACGUCAGAGGUGUUGCUGGAGGCUGGUGAGAUGAAGAAGAAAGGAUUCGAACUGUUUGUUAUCGCCAUCGGAAACGCCAUCUGGACUGAUCCGGAAAUGUUCGCCGAACUGAGCAGUCAGCCACAUCACGAAUUUAUUAUCUCAGUUCCGACAUACAAUAACCUGCUGCCAAUGGUCAAACAUUUGCCGUUACAUAUCCGGGAGGCGAACAAGAAACAAAUGAAAUAA